AUGAAGCAUGUAAGGCAUUUCGCCCCAUCUUUAUUUCUCAAUUUGGUGCACGUUUGCCUGGCUCAGGCAAAUUAUGCCCCCUACUUCUUUGAUAAUGGAGCCAGCAGCACUAAUGGGAACAUGGCACUUCUCAGCCUUUCAGAAGACACACCUGUUGGUACACAUGUGUACACUCUGAAUGGAACCGACCCAGAAGGAGAUCCUGUGACCUACGGAAUGACCUAUGAAACUGGGUCAAGAAGUUACUUUGCCAUUGAUGCAAAUUUUGGAAAUGUCACCUUGAUUGAGGAGCUUGAUAGAGAGAAAGAAGAUGAGAUUGAAGUUAUAGUCAGUAUUUCAGAUGGCCUGAGUACAGUUGCUGAAAAAGUCCGAAUCCUUGUUACAGAUGCUAAUGAUGAGAGUCCAGAGUUUAUCAACACACCUUACAUAGUCCAAGUCCCAGAGAACACUCCCUCGGGGAGCAGUAUCUUUAAGAUCGAGGCAGUGGACAAAGACACGGGUUCCGGGGGAAGUAUCACCUACUUCUUGCAGAACAUCCGUACUAAUAAGUUUACCAUAGACCGACACAGUGGUGUUCUUCGCAUCAAAACAGGGAUCACUCUAGACUAUGAAAAAUCAAGAACUCAUUUUGUCACCGUGGUAGCAAAGGAUGGUGGUGGGAAGCUCAGGGGAGACAACAAGGUGUUUUCAGCCACAACCACAGUCACUAUCAAUGUGGAGGAUGUUCAGGACACCCCUCCCAUGUUCAUUGGGACUCCCUACUAUGGCUAUGUCUAUGAGGACACCCUGGCGGACUCUGAGGUACUAACAGUCAUUGCUCUUGACGGUGACCGAGGAAAGCCUAAUAAUAUUCAUUACUGUCUUGUGAAUGGAAAUGAAGGAUCUUUUGAAAUAAAUAAUACGACUGGAGCUAUUUCUGUUAUAAAAAACCCAAGCAAACUAAAGAAAGAAGUGUAUGAACUAAAAAUUCAGGCAUCAGAAAUAAGUCUAGAUGGUGAUGUGACAGCAUAUGCUUUUGCCACUGUGACUAUAAGGGUCGUCGACCUCAACAACCACCCACCAACUUUCUAUGGAGAAAAUGGGCCCCAAAAUCGGUUUGAAUUGACAAUGUAUGAGCACCCACCCGAGGGUGAAAUCCUGAGGGGCCUGAAAAUUACUGUCAACGAUUCAGAUCAGGGGGCCAAUGCUAAAUUCAACCUCCGGCUAGUUGGACCCGGUGGCAUUUUCCGAGUUGUUCCCCAAACAGUGCUGAAUGAGGCUCAGGUUACCAUAAUAGUGGAGAACUCUGGUGCUAUAGAUUAUGAGAAGUUCCAGUUGUUAACCUUUAAGCUUCUUGCCAUAGAGGUGAACACUCCUGAGAAAUUUAGCUCAACGGCGGAUAUAGUGAUACGUCUCUUGGACACCAAUGACAACGUCCCAAAGUUCUCAUCUGACUAUUACAUUGCCAGGAUUCCAGAGAAUUCCCCAGGGGGGUCCAACGUAGUGGCUGUAACAGCUACAGACCCAGAUUCGGGACUCUGGGGAGAAGUCAAAUACUCCAUAUAUGGAACAGGAGCUGAUCUAUUUCUAAUCCAUCCAUCAACAGGAAUUAUUUAUACCCAGCCAUGGGCCACAUUAGAUGCUGAAGUCACUGCAAAGUACAACUUCUAUGUGAAGGCAGAAGACACAGACGGGAAGUAUAGCUUGGCUGAGGUGUUUAUCACUGUGCUAGAUGUUAAUGACCAUUCUCCGGAGUUCAAUGAGAACAUCCAGGAAAAGACCAUGAUCAUUGGAUCACCAGUGAAAAUAGAGGCUAUAGAUCAAGAUGCAGAAGAACCCAACAACAUUGUAGACUAUUCUAUUAUGCAAGCAGAUCCAGCCAAUGUAUUUGAUAUAGAUCAAAGCACUGGGGAAAUAAAGCUGAAGUCCUAUAUCAGGUCCCUGGAUAUCAUUCACAACAUCACCAAGAACAAAGACUGCAUAUGGUCUGUGGUAGUCCAAGCCAAGGACCGGGGUUCCCCUUCAUUUAGCACGACGGCAGUGCUGAAGAUUGAUAUCACAGAAGAGACUCUUCACAAAGGGCCAAUGGCCGCCUUUUUGAUGCAAACUAAAGAUAACCCCAUGAAAGCCUUAGGAGUGCUAGCUGGUGUCAUGGGCGUAAUGGUGGUGAUCACAAUCAUGAUCUCUACUGCCAUGUUCUGGCGCAAUAAGAGAUCCAACAAAAUCAUGCCGGUGAGACGGAUCAUAAAAAAGAGACAGAUCCAUCAACCCAGGACGGUCAGGAUGGAGUGGCUGAAAUUCAAGUGGUCCAGCAAUCCUGCCGAGAAGUUUGCCAUUGAGGAUGACACACAGAGUCUGCAGAAUGAGAACAGCAACAAUAAUGUCCAGGUGCCCUCUCUGCCACCUGCUGCCCCAGCCCUGCCCCCUCCCCCAAUUUUAGCACCCAAGAUAAAUACCACUGAGUGGAGAGUGACCACAGUGUCAGGCUCCCUAAGCCCCAAGUUUAUAAACAAGCCGGGGAAGAAAAAGGGCCCCAGCAGCACUCACCAUGCCCUGGUGUCAGAGCUCAAACAGAAGUUUGAAAAGAGGAACAUAGCCAGCAACAACCCCCAUAUUUAG